UACGUUUGCGGGGUGCUUCUGGCAGUCCGCAUCCAUGUGCGACAGCCGCCCAAUGUCGGAACACCGUAGCCGCCAAAAGUCGGGUCCUUGCACCUACAACAAUCGGCUCGGUCAGGCGGAACCACCACUUUCUACCAGAGUGCUACCACCAUUUCUUCACCCGCCCCGGUCUGCAAUUGUCACCUAUCGUGACAUGGACAUGGUGUAUCUCUUGUCUAGAACCUUCAGGGUCUCGAUCAGUCCCCGGUGAUGUAAUGGU